UGCAGCCGGGAGCAGCUCCUACGGCUGGGAAACAAGUGCACCGGUCGUUCUCCUCGGUUUUCUCGUUUUCUUCCGCAGAUAUGAGAGAGAACAGCUGACUAAAAUCGCAUUCCUUGAUGCCCCCGUCCACUUUGGGCUAGUUUGUUUCACCUCUGAGGAUUUAAUUGUGGACUCAUGGCUUUCAAAGACUCCUGAGGGGAGGAUUCUGGACUUGGGCAGAACUGUACGUACCUGUCAAUAUGUCCAGCUGGAGUGUGAUAGUCUGCAUGCACAGGGCUUAUGGAAUAUAGCCUGUUCUGUCACCACUUUUACGCACUCUCCGUCAGUCCCGUGAAGAAGAAACUCGGGCUCCUCUUCAUCAUGCUGCUCCUCUGGGUCUACAUGCUGUACUCCUGUGUGGGCUACUGUGCCACUAUGCCACCGAGUUUAGUUGUGGACAAUAGUAAUCGAGCGAAGGAGACGGAUUUCCUGGGGAAAUACGCCGAGGCAGAAAGUGGCCGGUCGGACCUGAUGAUGUCCAAGCUCCUGUCCAGACCGCAGAGCUCGUGGACGGACGUAGAGUCAGAUUACGACGAGCCUGCGGUCAGGAGAGCUCCCAGAGACUUUUCUAAAGAUGAAGGGGACACAGACCGAGCUGAGGAGUGGGACGACGGACGGAGGGUGUCCGCGCUGUCAACUUUCUCCAACGGCUCGGGCAGUAAGAAGCUUCCUCAGGCGAUCAUCAUCGGCGUGAAGAAGGGCGGGACGCGCGCGCUGCUGGAGUUUCUGCGCGUGCAUCCAGAUAUACGCGCGGUCGGAGCAGAGCCGCACUUCUUCGACCGGAAUUAUGAUAACGGACUGGACUGGUACAGGGACCUGAUGCCGAAGACCCUGGAGGGCCAGAUCACCAUGGAGAAAACACCAAGCUACUUUGUCACACGCGAAGCUCCAUCCAGGAUCUACGCCAUGUCCCGUGACACCAAGCUGAUAGUGGUGGUUCGGGACCCCGUCACAAGAGCCAUCUCUGACUACACACAAACUCUGUCUAAGAAGCCUGACAUUCCUACUUUUGAGAGCCUGACAUUCAAAAACAGGACUACAGGGUUGAUCGACACCUCGUGGAGUGCCAUUCAGAUCGGCAUCUACGCCAAACACCUGGACAACUGGCUGCAGUUCUUCCCCAUGAGCCAGAUCCUGUUCGUGAGCGGAGAGAGGCUGAUCAGCGACCCGGCCGGAGAGCUGGGCCGCGUGCAGGACUUCUUAGGCCUGAAGAGGAUCAUCACAGACAAACACUUCUACUUCAACCAGACCAAGGGCUUCCCUUGUCUCAAAAAGGCAGAGGGCAGCAGUAAGCCCCAUUGCCUGGGUAAAACCAAAGGGCGAACCCAUCCAAACAUUGACCCGGAGGUCGUGCAGAGACUUCGAGACUUCUACAGGCCUUUCAACAUGAAGUUCUACCAGAUGACUGGUCAUAACUUUGGUUGGGAUUAAUGGUGAAUUGGAGGACCUGUCGUUUUUCUUUCCUUUUUCUGUGUAUUUGAAAUGGCAAAUGGACAUUGAAAUAAUUGCUAUAUAUAUGUAAAAUGUACAGAAAUCUAUUUUAUAAUAAUUUAUUUUUAAUUUCUAAGCAAUUAAUUCACUAAGCUGCCUAACCAUGUUGUACAUAACGUCCGGCCCAACUCUGGUCUCACCGCCGACAUUCCACGUUUUUGAUUUGCUGUGCGUAUUUCUAUUCAUAAUGAAUUUAAUGGUGCUUCCGAAUUCGAAAAUUCAAAACAAACAAACACAAACAGUGUGUUACGGGUAUCGUGCAUUUACAAGCCGUGCAUUUGUGCUUCUCUUUCAGUUCUGGUGUGUACCUUUGUGACAGAGGCGGGCGAAUGAACUUUAUCCCACACUCUGACCGCAUUUCAUGUUUCAUUACACUCCAUGUUGGCCUGAAUCCCACUACAUUUGGCUGAUAAGCAAGAGAGCUGAUCUGAAAGGUCCCUUUACUCAAUAAGAUGACGAUCAAUAGCCCUAAUUGCUACUUACAGUGUCACUCAUGUUUAGAGCCGACCGCUGGCCUUUCAUUCACAGGGUUCUGUAAUGAAUGACCAAUCCGUCGAUGGCUAAAUCGUAGCAUGUCGUCAUUAUGCUAAUCGUGUAACAUAUCUAAACCGAUCGAUUGGCUUCAGAAAUGGUCUGCUUCGCCGUCUGAAAGGUUCAAAGGUCAAGAUAGCAUUGGAUUUGUUUCAAAAGCAAGAGCCAAAUGAUAUACGCCUCAUUGAUGGUAGGCCCCUAUAUCUCUAUGAAGAAGCUUCACCCAAAUGUGACUCAUGCUAGAAAUUGAAACCCCAUCAAAACACGUUUUCCAACGCAUCUCAGUUCUUGUUGUCUUGCCAAAUUUGAACAAGCUUGCAUUGAGAUGCCUCAUCUUUUUCUCAUGUGAGCCUCCAUGUGCUUUUGUUUGUCGUUCUACUUGAAAGCGAGGAGAAACAGUCGGUCGCUCUUUAUCUGUGAAAUUCAUCCCGUGACCGUUGAGAUGGCGGCUGUCUUGAAGGCAAGAUGAAUGACAGGGUUUAUUUAAUGCAGCUUUGAGCAUCUGAUUUAGGAUCAGCUCUAAAGCCUUGUUCACACUACGGGAGACUCGCAGCAGCAAAACAACUAGCGACCGUUCGUUUCAAUAGAGGGCAAGCGACAUCGACCGUUGGCGACUAGGUGGGCAUGUCGAGCGAUGCGAUGAAGUUGAGAAUCCUUCAACUUUAUGCAAAUGAAGAGCAACUUUUUUGAGCGACAGCCAAUAGGAGCAUCAGUAGAGCUCACGGGAUUCUCUCUAAGCUCGCUCAGAGGCUGGUUGUAUCCAUGCUGUAUACAGUGCAUCCGGAAAGUAUUCAUAGCGCUUCACUUUUUCCACAUUAUUUUAUGUUACAACCAUAUUCCAAAAUGGAUUAAAUUAAUUUAUUUCCUUAAAAUUCUACACACAAUACCACAUAAUGACAAUGUGAAAAAAUAUUUUUUUUAAUUGUUGCAAAUUUAUUAAAAAUAAAAAACCUGAAAAAUCACAUGUACACAAGUAUUCAUAGCCUUUGCUCAUUAAUAUUGUUGAUGCACCUUUGGCAGCAAUUACAGCCUUAAGUCUUUUGGAUAUGAUGCCACAAGCUUGGCACACCUGUCUUUUGGAAUUUUUGAUCAUUCCUCUUUGCAGUACCUCUCAAGCUCUAUCAGGUUGAAUCGGAAGCAACCGUGUACAGCCAUUUUCAGAUCUCUCCAGAGAUGUUCAAUAGGAUUUAGGUCUGGGUUCUAGCUGGGCCACUCAAGGACAUUCACCGAGUUGUUGUGAAGCCACUCUAUUGAUAUUUUGGCGGUGUGCUUUGGGUCAUUGUCCGGCUGGAAGAUUAGUCAUCAUACAUUGCUGCAUUCAUCUUUCCCUCUAUCCUGACUAGUCUUCUUGAUGCUGAAAAACUACCCUACAGCAUGAUGCUGCCACCACCAUGCUUCAUUGUAGGCAUGGUAUUAGCCUGGUGAUGUGCGGUGCCUGGUUUUCUCCAAACGUACCGCCUGACAUUCACUCCAAAGAGUUCAAUUUUAGUCUGAUCAGACCAGAAAAUUUUGUUUCUUAUGGUCUGAGAGUCCUUCAGAUGCCUUUUGGCAAAUACCAGGCAGGGAGUGGCUUCUGUUUGGCCAAUCUACCAUACAGGCCUGAUUGGUGGAUUGCUGCACAGAUGGUUGUCCUUCUGUAAGGUUCUCCUCUCUCCACAGAAGAGCACUGGAGCUCAGACAGAGUAACUAUGGAGUUAUUGAUCACCUCCCUGACUAAGGCCCUUCUCCCCGAUCACUUAGCUUAGAUGGCCAGCCAGCACAAGGAAGAGUCCUGGUGGUUCCAAAAAUCUUCCACUAACAGAUGAUGGAGGCCACUGUGCUCAUUGGAACUUUCAGAGCAUCAGUAACCUUCCCCAGCCUUGUGCCUCGAGACAAUCAUGUCUCGGAGGUGUACAGACAAUUGCUUUGUCUUCAUGCUUGGUUUGUGCUUUGACAUGCACCUUAUAUAGACAGGUGUAUGUCUUUUCAAAUCAUGCCCAAUCAACUAAGUUUACCACAGGUGAACUCCAAUUAAGCUGCUGAAACAUCUCAAGAAUGAUCAGUGGAAACAGAAUGUACCUGAGCUCAAUUUAGAGCUUCAUGGGAAAGGCUGUGAAUAUGUACAUGUGACUUUUCAGUUUUUUUUUUUUUUUUUUUUUUUUUUUAAUAAAUUUGCAACAAUUUCAACAAAUCUUUUUUCACAUUGUCAUUAUGGGGUAUUGUGUGUAGAAUUUUGUGGAAAUAAAUGAAUUUAAUCAAUUUUGGAAUAAGGCUGUAGUCCUAAAAAAAUGGUGGUGCACUAUUACCCACCCAACCCCCCAUGCUGUUUUAUAAUUUUACCUGAACGUUUCAGCGAGACAUCAUUCAGUUGACUUUGAAAACACACGAAAUUUUCUCACAGCUGCUGUGGUCAUCAGGGGGCGGGGAAUGGUGCAAAAUAUAAACAAAAAUGCACCAAUUGCAACAAAUUAAGAUGAGAGUUAAAAAAUAAACAUUUGAUACACAGUUAAAGGGGAUGCGAAUACACGUAAAUUAGGGAAGUCUAAUCAGCAAAACAAGUGAGUAUACCGAGAGUCUACACAAUUAUUGAUCCUCAGAAGUCGUUAUACCCAAACUGCUAGUGAAAAAAAAAUAGGCAUACUGAGUAUACGUGUGUAUAGCCCAGACUACACCACCGGCUGUAACAAAAAAAAAUGUGAAAAAAGUGAAGCGCUAUGAAUACUUUCCGGAUACACUGUAUACCUACACAGACCUGCGUUUGCAGCAGGUCGCCAUCCAGAGCGUCAUGCAGCCACAAAGUUGCUGCUAGUGUGAAUGAGGCAUAAGGUGUAGGGUUUAAAAGGUAAAACAUGCCACUUUUUUUAUUUUUAAACACACCUCAGCUUUAACGUCAGGUUGGGAGCAGAUUUUCAAAGAGUGAGGUCACAUGCAGGUUGUAAGGCAUAUGAAUAUAGCAUUACGAAUGUACUGAAACUUCGCCUUUUUCACCCACCCUGUUUAAUAUACUGGAAAAUGAAAUGCAGAGGGAAGAGGUUUGCCUAAUUGUUUGUUUUUGGAUGAAUGCAUUCGAAAACAAUUCAAUGAAAGCGUUCUGUAUCAGCUCACUGAUUCUUUUUGUUUAGUUUUACAACAUUCUGUGCCUCGAACCAGUCCUGUGCUACGCUAAGCCAACUUCCUUUCAUUUAGAGAGGAGAUUGUAAUAUUUAUCAGCUGCGCGGACACAGCCAUACGAUUCUUGUUGGCCUUUGAGUCCGAAUUAAGCGGCGAGAGCUCCAAGGGCAUUUUUCCUACUAUAUUCAAUUCAUCAAGCAAUCAAAUGUUCUGAGGAGGAAAAAGAGAAACAAUGCGAAGUUUCUCCUCCAACUGUAAUCAAAUCAUCAAAGCUCGUUUCUUGCAUUCACAUUGCAUUUAAAAGCAAAUCAGUUGGAUGAUAGAAGAAAUGGGGUCAAGCGGAUUGUCAUCAAAAUGCUCACCCACGGGGCCUCCUGUGAUUUUUAACCAGUGCAAUUGGGUUUUUGGUUCAGAAACUGUUGUCCCGGGAUAGCAAAGAAGAGCUUUUUUUCCUGGGUAGAGUUUGUCGCUGAUUACAUGUGAAUCGCAUAUGAAUACUGAUCUGUCAAAGGUGGUAUGAGCCAAGUUUCAUAGCUUUGCUCGCGGUCAGGCAGUGUGCAUCUGUUUAACGGUUGAGUUUUAUUCAACCUCACAGAGAUAUACAGAUGUUGGUCUUACUCUGAGUAUAACACAAAUAAAUAGACUAGAAGUGAUCUCUAUGUACAAAUGAUGAGGAAGACAUGUAAACCAAGUAUUUUGUGGUAUCAAAUUAAUUUUACACCAUGAAAGAGAAAAAAAUGGAACAGAUGUUUCUAGAUAAUUAAAUACUGAACAUUCAUACGUUUGCUUUGUAUGAAGAAUAAAAUAAAAUAUAUAU